UUAAAGAAGCUUGGAUCCCACGACACAUCUGGUUCUUUCUGCUCCUGAGUCUACACCCUGAGAAGUUGACUGAUCCCCUGAACGGACAAGGAGAGCAGAAGCAGGAGACUAACAACCAACUAUUCAUCAUGUCAUCUGCCGACAACAUGAUUCAGCAAAUCCAGAAUCCACCCAAACCAGUUUCAAGGUCAUCACUCAUCACAGCCUGUAGCAUGGCGGGUGCAAAGAUUGCUCUCGGAGUGGCGCACCUGGAUGAAUGUCCUGCUCAACCCUACAUCCCCAUCUACUUGAUCGUCUUUGGCGUCUUCAGCAUCCUGGGGUGCUACAUCACCGCCCUGCCUUGGACCCGGCAGAACAGUGAGGAAUGCACAGCCCUCGACGGAAUUCUGCUUGUUGUUCGGAAUCUGUCAAACAUCUUCAUGCCUUUCUGGUUUAUCGCUGGGAGCCAUUGGAUCUACUCCAUCUACGUUCCAAGCUACAUUCCUGGAUCAGUCCUGUACUGCAACAGGGUGCUUUACCUCUUUGCCUUCUGGACCACCACAGUCAUCUACAUCACAUUUGCCCUUGGAUUAGUUUUCUACUGCAUCAGUUUCUUAUGUGUAUUUUUCUGUGCCUGCUUGUGGAGCUCAACAAUGGAGGAUGUAGAGGAUGUUUAAUCACAUUUCAAGCAUCAUUGGCUGUUUUGACUGUUUGAGCGGCAAUAUGUAGUUGAAGAAUAUUUGCUUUUGGCGCCACUGCUGCUAAAUGAGUGUACUUGCAUGCUGUCGUAAAGCUGGGUCUCCGGUCCCGCCCCCCAUCUCACGUUCAUUUGUUGAUGAAAGACUGUGGCAAAACAGCGGAAAAUGUAAUCUCUGAUGGCAAUAUACACAACACUGUCGAGCUUAUACUUGCAAUGGCAACUCUGGAAACAUGUAUCAAUCAACAUCAGGAACCAAACCCUGUCAUGCAGCCAGUGAGAAGAGGCAGGAUCCAGCGAGAAGCUGAAGCAGCUGCAAGACAGACGGGCCCCGAUAAUAAAACCAUGGCCAUGGUGAACGUUUGUAAUGAAGAGUCCAGGAAGAGAAGACAGGAACCCACCAGACCAAGAGCCUGGACCAGAGUGAACAUUGCCAUUCACACCCUGGCAAGA